UUCAAAAUUGGCAAUACCUCCUCUAGCUGGAUAAAGAAAAAACAAGACUCAAUUUACUCCUAAAAAACAAGACCAUACCUUUGUGCCCCAGACCCCAACUAUAUAAACUGCAAACGCCCCAAAAGUUUAAGUAAAAAAAUCAAUUAGAAGAAGAAGAAGAAGAAAAAUGUCAUCUCUAAUCACAAAAGAAAUCAGAGAGAGCGCGACGGAGUUCUACGAAGGGGACGAAAAGUGCCAAGAGAAAGCGAAAUUCCUGCUGACCGAAAUGAAGUUUCCCAACGGGCUGCUGCCCAUAAAGGACAUGGAGGAGUGCGGGUACGUGAAGGACACCGGGUUCGUGUGGCUCAAGUCCAAGAAGCCGACCGAACACAAGUUCGAGCAGAUCGGGCGGUCGGUCCAGUACGCGACCGAGGUCACAGCGAUCAUUGAACCAGGCAAGAUCAAGAAGCUGGCCGGGGUCAAGGCGAUGGAGCUCAUGUUAUGGUUGACAGUGAAUGAGAUCUCCCUCGACGAUCCCCCCACUGGGAAGAUCCACUUCAAAAGCACCACCGGGUUGUCCCGGACUUUUCCUACCUCCGCCUUUGAGCUGGGGGAGGAGAAUCCCCAGAAGGAGGAAGAGGAGGAGAAGGAUAAGGCAGAACGAACAAGAACAAUAAUCGAGACACAACUUGAGGCGUGGAAGAACUCGCGAUUCAGCGGGGUAAUGCUUCUCGCAGAUACCACUUGUAUCAACUUACUGGGCUCGUUCAAUACGGUCGGGGCAUGUAAGCAAAGCACCCGUUUGGCUCAAGGAUUAUGUUUAACUUGUCAUUAACUCUCUCCGUUCUAAAAAACACUUAGGGGUUGUUUGUUUCAGCCUCUUAAUGGUUCAGAUGUCUGAAUGGUUCAGCACUUAAUGGUUCAGACUGUUUGUUUCAGCCUCUUAAUGGUUCAGAUGUCUGAAUGGUUAAGUAUUAUACAAAGUCUGAAUGGUUAAGACCUCUUAUCUGAAUUGAUCAGACAUUUGCCUUUGAAUAGUUAAGUAAUAUACUAACUCUUAAUGG